CGCGUUACAUAACGUGGUGGCGGAGGGCGAAGCCGAUUCCUACUCGAGCCGCCCUCGCGCGCGGACCUGUGUCGGUGCCCGACGCCCAAAGACGCGUUAUCUCGAACUCGCGUCUUCGUCGCAUUCCCUAUUGCGUGCUGCGAGUUAGUUCGACACCGCGCGUUUUCUAUCUCGAACCUCUUUCUAGCCGCGCUUACUUUUGUUGGGAACACUUUUCGGCACUCUUGCGACCUCCCAAACUUUGCCGCUGACUCUUAGCUUCUUACUUCCAGGGAAGGCGAUCCGAAAAAGGUGUAAAAGUUAAAGUGUAGUGAUAUUGUAAAGUGUGAUGGAGUGUGAUCGUGUUCUGUGCUCCAAGCGGAUAGGCGUUAAACAGUUACACUAAAAGGUGGAGAGACGCAGUCAAGAGCUGAAUAAUAUGUAAAGUGUCGCCGAUAGUGACGAAUAGACGAUACAAACACUUGGUGUGAGUGCAAGUGGUAUUUAAAUCAAGCAAAAAUGGGCAAAAAAAAUUCCAAACUGAAGCAAGAUACGAUCGACAGACUCACGAGCGCCACAUAUUUUACCGAGAAAGAAAUACGGCUUUGGCACAAAGGAUUCCUAAAGGACUGUCCAAACGGCCUACUCACUGAGCAGGGCUUCAUAAAGAUCUACAAGCAGUUCUUUCCUCAAGGUGACCCUAGCAAGUUUGCCUCAUUAGUCUUUCGAGUGUUCGACGAAAACAAUGACGGAUCCAUUGAAUUCGAGGAGUUCAUACGAGCACUGUCGGUGACGUCGCGUGGCAAUCUCGAUGAAAAAUUACAUUGGGCCUUCAGGCUGUACGAUGUGGACAACGACGGCUAUAUUACGAGGGACGAAAUGUAUAACAUAGUCGACGCGAUUUACCAAAUGGUGGGACAAACCCCGCAGCCUGAAGACGAGAAUACACCUCAGAAGCGCGUUGACAAGAUCUUUGACCAGAUGGACAAGAAUCACGACGAUCGACUGACACUCGAAGAAUUCCGCGAGGGUAGCAAAGCAGACCCGCGCAUUGUCCAAGCGCUCUCGCUGGGUGGCGAUUAAUCCACGGUUAUCCUCUCGCCGGACUUCACAUUUACUUAAGAGAGCCAAAGUCGGAACACCGCCGCGCGUGUCACUUAUUUCCUUGUUAUUGUUGUAACAUACAUUAAUGUAUUACAUAAUGUAACUAAAUUUAGAUAACAAUAAGUCCUGUUUUGAAAAUCGCUUACGGCAAAUAAUCAAGUAUAAUAAAGUUAUGUAACCGUUUAUGCCAUUAAUAGAUAAUUAUUUAAUUUUGUCAACUAUUUCACUUAACUUUUAUACCAGCAAACAUGUCCAAGCCAAUUCUUUUACUUUUAUGUUGAAAUAAAAAAUAGAUUCCACGUGAUAGUGCAUCCCACCUUAUAAUAGUUGUAAUAAUAGUUCUAAGUAUGUUUAAUUAAGUUAACGCUCAAAUACGGUUUACUGGUCACAACAGUGUGUAAAGUCAGUCGAAAUUUACUAACAGCAAAGCUAGGUAUGUUUUUAAAAUUUUUGAACCAUAUCAGUGUUUUUCUAAAAUAGCGUCCUGUCUCAAAAACAUCUAAUUCAUCAGGAAAUGGCUUAAAAAAACUGAGACAUGUCUGCCGCGCAAAGUUGGCUUAUCGUCGACCAUCCCUAUGUUGUCAUGUAAUUAUUCUAACCAAUGAAAAACUUGGAAUCUUAAUCACAACAAAAUUUGGCAUUUUUGAAAUAAAUCACAGUAAUAAGUCAAAAAGUAAGCAUUUUGGAAUGCGACACUAUAUAAUAUUAUUGAAAAGCAAUGAUAUGGGGACCUGAUGGGAUCCGUAGACACGUAUUAAAAGUGCUAAUUAGGUGAUUCAGCCACACGCGGCGGUUGUUUAAGGAGUAUGUCUAAAUACAACAAUAACUAUUUGCCAAUAUGAAUACUGUGCAAAGAGCGAGGGUUUUAUAAACUCAACACAAAACUUGUCAACUUUCUAAUUCUUUCUUAUAUUCUAUAACACAUUUUUACUUAUUUCUAACACAUACGUUAACGACAUAGUUUCAAUUUCAUUUUCAUUAAAACACCUACUUCAUGCUUUUAGGUUAUCUUAGUUAUCACCUUACUUUGGCUUUGCUUUUUUAAAAAUUGCGUAGGUACCUACAUAUUUUGUAAGAGGUGUUUCUGCCCCUUUAGAUAGAUCUUAUAUUUUAACAGUCCUUUUUUCUAUCUCCAAGAAAUGUUUUACGAGAUCAGACAAGAGUCUAUCGAACCAAGCAGCCAAUCCACCAGACCUUAAUAUUUACAGGAUUGUUUCUUCUAAAUGUAGUUGGUAUAAUGCUACGCAAUUUUUCAAAUCGACUUAGAUAACGUAAUUUUAAUUACAUUUUAAUUACGCAACAAUUGCAUUUUUCGUAACUUGUGUCCACUUGCA